GUUUUACAUUUCUCUUCUCACAUUUUUCCAAGGAGAUAUGCCAAUGUGCAUACUGUAAAUAAUUAUACUGAGUGGAAAAGGGACAAAAAUUCCGGGUCGUUUCGAAAAUAAUGACAAAACACAACAGAAUGAAUUUCAAGGAACGCGAUUUCAGGAGCUUCCGGUUGCAGCCGGCUGCGCGGCUGCUCUGCGAGCCUGUGACGUCACACAGCCCGCAGGCCAGGGCAGCUGUCCUGCGCGACAGCUAGAGCGCAGCCGGGGUGCCUCCUGAUAGAUCUGUGCGUGAUGGAGAGACAGACGGGGUACCGCGGGGGUUCAGUUCAGUCGUCUCCUUAACCCCGAGGUUUAAUGGUCGGCGAUGGCGGAUUUGCAAGGCAGGCUCCGGGUUUAAAACCGAAGAAUCUUCCCCCCUCCCCCCGCGAUAACCGAGUGAGGAAUCUUAUCUGUUCUGAUUCCAGCGGGCUCGCUGCCGGACUGUCGGCUCUGGGCUUGGCGUGGCCGUGGAUCUUGCGUGGUUGUUGUUGCUGAUGGUUUGACAGGCGAAUGCUGUGACGUCGGUAGAGCUCCCCUCGGGGCUCCGCCGCGAUUUUCUAUUGAUGAAGAAAAUGCAGCUCAGACAAGACAGUGGAUUUCGUGUGCUGAAAUCCACUGUGGAAAAGGAACGGUGCAGCACAGUGUGCGUGUUGAACAAUGGAGGCUCUGAUCCCCUUCAUCAACCGGCUGCAGGAAGUCUUCCUCACGGUCGGCGCAGAAGUCAUCCAGCUCCCACAGAUCGUAGUGGUGGGGUCACAGAGCAGUGGCAAGAGCUCCGUGCUGGAAAGCAUAGUGGGGCGGGACUUCCUGCCCCGGGGGUCAGGGAUCGUGACCCGGAGACCUUUGGUGUUGCAGCUGGUGAAUGUCGCGCCGCCUGAGGAACGCAGACGGACCGGAAAUGGAGACAAGACAAAGUCAGACUCAAAGACCAGCUACCCAGGCAUCAAGGCUGAAGAGUGGGGAACAUUCCUUCACUGUAAAAACAAGAUUUUUACAGAUUUUGUGGAAAUUCGCCAGGAGAUUCAAAGUGAAACUGACCGCAGUACUGGAGCUAACAAGGGUAUCAGUCCUGAGCCCAUUCACUUGAAGAUUUUCUCUCCUCACGUUCUCAACCUCACGCUGGUCGACCUGCCGGGAAUCACCAAGGUGCCCGUGGGGGACCAGCCAGAUGACAUCGAGCAGCAGGUGCGGGAGAUGAUCCUGAGCUACAUCUCCAACCCCAACUCGCUGAUCCUGUCCGUCACGGCCGCCAACACUGACCUCGCCACCUCCGAGGCCCUCAAACUGGCGCGAGAGGUCGACCCCGAGGGACGUCGGACACUGGCUGUGGUCACCAAGCUGGACCUUAUGGACGCUGGCACAGACGCCAUGGAUGUGCUGAUGGGAAGAGUCAUCCCUGUCAAACUGGGCAUCAUAGGGGUCGUCAACAGGAGUCAGCACGACAUCAACACCCAGAAGAGCCUGGCUCAGGCCCUCCAGGACGAGCAGGACUUCCUCAAGCGGCACUACCCCUCCCUGGCCUCCCGCAGCGGCGCGCGGUACCUGGCCCGCACGCUCAACCGCCUGCUCAUGCACCACAUCCGCGACUGCCUGCCCGAGCUGAAGACGCGUGUGACGGUGCUGAGUGCGCAGUACCAGGGGCUGCUGAGCAGCUACGGCCAGCCCGUCGAAGACCACAGCGCCACCCUGCUGCAGAUCGUCACCAAGUUCGCCAGCGAGUACUGCAACACCAUCGAGGGCACGGCGCGGCACAUCACCACCUCUGAGCUCUGUGGAGGAGCCAGGAUCUGCUACAUUUUCCAUGAGACGUUUGGCCGAACGCUCAAGUCCAUCGACCCGCUGAGCGGCCUGACCACUCUGGACAUCCUGACCGCCAUCCGCAAUGCCACGGGCCCGCGGCCGGCGCUCUUCGUGCCCGAGGUGUCCUUCGAGCUGCUGGUGAAGAGGCAGAUCAAGCGGCUGGAGGAGCCCAGCCUGCGCUGCGUGGAGCUGGUGCACGAGGAGCUGCAGAAGAUGAUCCAGCACUGCUCCUCCUACAGCACCCAGGAGCUGCUGCGCUUCCCCAAGCUGCACGACUCCAUAGCGGAGGUGGUGACCAAGCUGCUGAGGAAGAGGCUGCCGAUCACCAACGAGAUGGUGCAUCAUCUGGUGGCAAUUGAACUGGCCUACAUUAACACCAAGCACCCCGACUUCAUGGAUGCUGCCCAAGUCUCUGCCGCUGUCAACAGUGCUCAGGCGGAGGCGGUGCAGGACAGCGGCCGGCGCUGGAAGAGCGACAGGGCUGCCGAGGAGAAGGCAAGCGAGGAGAAGACGGCCUUCAGCAGUCCCUCCCGGGGCCCGGCGGUCAACCUCCUGGACGCGCCAGUGCCGGUGUCUCGGAGGCUGACCCCGCGGGAGCAGCUUGAUUGCGAGGUCAUCCAGCAGCUCAUCAAGUCCUACUUCCUCAUCGUGCGCAAGAGGAUUCAGGACAGCGUGCCGAAGACAGUGAUGCACUUCCUGGUGAACUUUGUGAAGGAGCACCUGCAGAGCGAGCUGGUGGGGCGGCUGUACCGAUCCCCCCUGCUGCAGGAGCUGCUGACGGAGUCCGCUGACACAGCCCAGCAGAGGAAAGAGGCUGCCAGCAUGCUGGAGGCGCUGCAGAAAGCCAGUAACAUUAUCUCAGAGACCAGAGAAACCCAGCUGUGGUAGAGUCAAGGAGCACACCUGUGGACCAGCCAGACCCCCACUGUCUCUGUGUGUGGUUGUUCUGCCAGCCUGUCGCUGUCUGUCAUGUUGGUCAUGUUGUGUGUGAGCCGGUGGAUAUGUGUGAGUGAUCUUUCCCUUGCUCAGACCAGCAGACCUGUCCUACCUAGUCUCUCCCCUUUCAGAGGUGCUCUAUCCAGCAAAGGUCAGGCUAGUUCUUGUCCUGUGACAGACUGAUACCCCUUCUCAUGUACGGUCUUUCCCAGUGUCAGCCUGAUGCCUUGAGUCUGUCUGAAUAUAUGGAAGGUUGUAAAUUAGAAAAGACACUCAGCCCUUCUGGGGUGCCUGGUUGCUUGUGGCUUUAGGAAUUGAUUGAAGAGGCUUAGCAAUCCAUUUCUUGAGGAGUCCCGAGGAGUCAGCUUCUGGUACUUGGAUGGUCAGUUUGUUCCAGACAUCUACCACUUUCUGCUAAGCACUGCCUCUCAUUCUCAGUUCUUAAGGCAUCUGCACUUUAACUCCUUGGGUCCUGGGGCUCCUUCGGUAAAAGAUCAGCACUUGUGGGAGUGCUGAUUUUGUUUUGCAAUUCAUCCUUCAUUUCACAGGAGUCCUUGGAAUUGAUGACUGAAUCACAGCCUUGCUGCGAUCUCUUAUUUUCAGGACCUUUCAUGCCAUGUCCUGUCAAAGCCUGUCUUUAGAGCUGGAAUCAAUAUGGCUGCUCUUCUGUGAACUCUUUCUUAAGCAGCAGUAUCUUUUUAAUCGCAUGGUGAUCAAAACCGAUCACAGUAGGUCUUACUGUGCAUCGAACAUUUUUUUUAUGUUGUACUCCUUUAGUGUGUAUUUGGAGGAGCCAGUAUAAGCAACUCUUGUAGUAUGUAUAUUUGAUCAUGUUGGGGAGCCAGUAUAAGCAUGGAGAAAAACCCUGUUUGUGAUAUUGGUCAGCCUGUAGGCUCUGCUGAGAUCCAAGCCCGCAGGGCUACCUUGUGUUUUAUUGUCAUUGAAGGGUAAAAGCUCAUCCUCUUCCUUUGCUGUCUCACGAUCAGCUGUGCGGACUGCAUGAGUCACACGGCCGUAUGGAGCAGAUCUCCUGGCUCACGGAGAGUGUGACGUGCCAGUUCCUCCACACUGUGUCCAGGAGUGCGGAAGAGAGUGAGGACAGCAAAUCUAUCUUGCGUGCGUUUGUCAUAUUAGGAUGAAUAUUGCGGUUCGAGUUUCACCGUUUCCCUUCAUAAGCGCAUAAGAAACAUUAGAAACAAGAGGAAGUUGGUCAGCACAUUGGAGCUGAGGAUCACAUCCUGCCAUUCCUUGAAUGAAGCCAGGGUCUCGGCUUCAACAUCACAGCUGCUUGUUCCAGACCUCCGCAUCUCUUUGUGUAAAGGGCCACCUCCUGUUUGCGAUUUUAAGUGCACUUCCAAUGUAUACACAGAGUUCUGUGUAUGGAAACAUUCUGUGCUGUGAAGUGCCCUGACAGUUCUCCUUCACUUUACUUCUGAAACAGAUUAGCCUCAGAAACUAAACAUUCUGAGGUCACCCCAUAAUGCAUAGCCCUUCAGACAAGAGCACAGUCAUGUGUCGGUGUCCUCAUUUGUGGUUCUGUGUGUGGGGGAAUGUGAAUGUUGAAUGAAAUUAAGUUAACUGCUUGAAGGUGCUUGUCUACUGUGAUUCUACUUGGUGUAGAAUAAAAGUCUUGUGAUACACUU